CUUUUAAGGUAAUAUUCAUUAUUCAAUUUUUAGCAUCUGCACCACUUUCUCCCAUUCCGAGACCAAUAACUUCCUUUCUUGAAUAUUCCCAGACUAAUUUAAACUCUGAAGUUGAAAUUUACUAUUGAUGCUGUUACAUAAUACAUUUACGGGUCUUUGAAGUGAAACGAGUUAUGGAACAGCAAAGAACCGAAGCAACUGAGUCUUUACUUGUAAGACAAGGAAACGACAACCUUGUUUACAAUGAAGAAAAUGGUGGUCUUGGGGAUGGAGGGUCGGUGGCUGUUUCCGAUGUUACCACCAUUCUUGGUCUUAGCACCUUCGUGGCAGCUUGUAUUUCCUUUGGUUCUGGCUGUGCUGUAGGAUAUUCUUCCCCUACUGAAUCUUCAAUCAUGGAAGACUUGGGACUUUCCGUCGCUGAGUUUUCAGUUUUUGGUUCAAUACUGAGUAUUGGAGCACUUCUGGGUUCUGCAGUAAGUGGGAAGAUAACAGAUUUGCUUGGUCGGAAAUUGACCAUGUGGAUUUUGAAUUUGUUCUACAUCGGUGGCUGGCUUGCCAUAGCAUUUACAAAGUCCCCUUGGUUGCUUGACCUUGGAAGACUAUCAUUAGGAUUCACAAUAGGAACUUUCACUUACUUGAUGCCCGUCUAUAUUUCUGAAAUAACAACAAAGAGUGUGAGAGGAAGAUUUUCAGUCAUACCGUCGUUAACGUUUGGUUGGGGCAUAUCGUUCAUGUAUGUUGUCGGUUCCUUUGUCAGUUGGCGCACAUUGGCUCUGAUAGCUACGAUUCCUGGUCUACUUCAAUUGCUACCACUCUUCUUCAUACCAGAAUCUCCGCGAUGGCUGGCAAAAGUUGGCCGUGACAAAGAGCUUGAAGAUGUUUUGCUGUGCCUCAGGGGAAAUAAAGCUGAUAUUUUUAAUGAAGCAGCUGAAAUAAAAGAUUAUGUGGAAUCUCUUAAAAGUUUCUCAAAGGAAGGAAUUCUAGAAAUAUUUCAAAAGAAGUAUGUUCGACCAUUGCUUGUAAGACAAGUAAUUUGGAUGAAAUUGAUCAAUUUCUUUAUAUUUUCUGUACAAUCCAUUGAUAUAUACCGCUUGUUUUCCUUACAGACUGUUGUUGGAAUGAUAAUCCUAAUGAAUUUGGGAGGAGCCAAUGCGUUUGCGUUUUAUUCUGGUGUUAUCUUUGUCUCAGCUGGUUUAUCUAGCAUGGUUGGACUCAUCACACUGGCUGCCACUCAGACAAUAGUUGGUGUUUUGGGUAUAAUCCUAAUUGAUAAAUUAGGAAGGCGACCACUUCAACUGGUGUCUACAGCUGGAUUGUGCUUCAGUUGCUUCCUCACAGGAUUAUCAUUUCUCUUAAAGGAAUCUAAUUGGUGGGAUCAAGGUAGUCCUGCUUUGGCAUUCAUUGGCUUAUUAAUGUACGCGGGAUCUUAUAUAGUUGGCUCAGGAAUACCAUGGCUGUUAUUAUCAGAGUUAUUUCCAAUAAAUGUAAAAGGUUCAGCAGGCAGCAUCUGUAAUUUUAUGGGCAGUUGCACUGGUUGGGUUGUUGCAUACUACUUUAACUUCCUAACCGAAUGGAGCUCAACAGGGACAUUCUUUAUAUUUUCAGUCUGCUGCGCUGCAAAUUUCAUCCUAUCAGCAACAAUGGUACCCGAGACGAAAGGGCGAACACUGGAGGAAAUACAAACAUCGAUUACUCAUUCUUGAGAUUGAAAUAACAAGUCUUCCAAGUUAUUUCAUCAUCAACAAUUUGCUUUAAAUCCUCACUUGUCUUGCUAUUGAAGUUACCAAACUCUUUAGCGUCAUAACUUGCUCCCUGCUGUUGUCUGUGUUAUUCAUUAAUGAAAAAAAAAAAAGUAAUGAAUGAAUUUGUGCUUUGACUAUAA